AUGAGCUUCCUGACAUUUAUAACCGGCUCGACGAAGUCGUGGCAGCCGGGGAUGACAGUCGACACCACCACGGCGGCGUAUUGGCUGAAUUGGAGAGUCGUUCUCUGUUCCAUUUGGAUAUUAAUGUCGAUGGUUUUCGCAUCGAUUCUUAUUUCCAAAUACGAAUGUCGCAACUCCGCCGCCGCCGGUGAUAAUCGACGGAGGGACGAACCCCCGCCGCCGCCGCCACCGGGACUCGUGUACGAGGAUGAAGUAUGGAAGCCCUGUCUGGAAAGCAUCCAUCCUUCAUGGCUGCUUGCAUUUAGAGCAUUUGCAUUUUGUAUACUCCUCCUAAUGCUCAUUCUCAACGUUGUCGUCGACGGCGGGAGCAUCUUCUACUUCUACACACAGUGGACUUUUACGCUGAUCACUAUCUACUUCGCCUUCGGGACAUUGCUAUCCGUGCGCGGAUGCAUUACCUACAGCAAUACCGGCAGCCAAAACGAUUUCGACGCUGAGAAUGCCACCAAAGGCAUUGUCCUAAAUCAAGAACCGCGGGAAAAGGCCGGAUUUUUAGCUUAUAUCUUCCAGAUCAUUUUUCAGAUGAAUGCAGGAGCUGUGAUGCUGACAGACACCGUGUUCUGGUUCAUAAUCGUGCCCUUUCUCGCCAUCAAAGACUACAAUCUCAACUUUUUGAUCAUAAACAUGCACUCGAUAAACGCCAUUUUCUUGCUGGUCGAGACAACCUUAAACAGCCUGAGAUUCCCUUGGUUUCGGAUCGGAUACUUCUUUCUAUGGACUUGUGUCUACGUCGUUUUCCAGUGGAUAGUCCACGCCUGUGUUUCGAUCUGGUGGCCUUAUCCUUUCCUCGACUUGUCUUCUUCAUACGCGCCGCUAUGGUAUUCUACAGUAGCAUUGAUGCACAUACCGUGCUUCGGGAUUUUCCUAUUAAUAAUGAAGGCAAAGCACUUUUUGCUGUCUAAGUGGUUUCCGCAGUCGUACAGAGGUGUGCCGAGUUAAUUCUUACUAAAACGCAGCACAAAGAUUUCAGGGACAUUACAGUAGCUUCAGAGGCAAAAAGCAUAGCAACCGGAAUUCAAAUAGAAAAGGCGAGAAAUGAUCAAAACAUAGCAGAUGCACAGUAGAAAAUGUCAAUAAAAAUUCGCAAUAUAUCUUCCAAUGUUACAAAAGUUUCAAACAUUUUGAUAACAAACAAUGUUAUACAUAACAUACAACAAGAAUCGAAUCUAUACUCUUGUAAACUAUGUACAGACAGUCCGAGGAAAACAUGGGGUGAUUCUUUUAGAUGCAGUUUUGCCAUUUAUUACA